AUGAGUUCCAAAAGAGAUAUACAGAUAUCAAAGGCUUUGUCAUACUUGCUUAGACAUGGUGCAGUGAAGGAAAAUCUUCCAUUUGAUGUCAAUGGGUACAUUGAAGUUGAGAGAGUACUCAAUCAUCAGAGGCUAAAGUCGCACAAAUGUACUCUAGAGGACUUACAUAGGGUAGUGGAUACGAACGAUAAGAAGAGGUUUAACAUCAAGCUAAGUGAUGACGGUCAAACAGAGCUUAUCUGUGCAGUACAAGGACACUCUAUUGAUCGCAUUAAGCCGGAUGAAGAAGUAUUAGAAGUUAUUGAUACUGCUGAGAAGUUACCUAAAAAUAUAAUACAUGGUACAUCUGUGCGUAAUGCGAUUCAGAUAUUGAAGUCGGGGUCUAUCAAGCGAAUGAAUAGAAAUCAUAUACAUUUGUCUAUUGGCAUAACCGAAAAGGACAAAGAGGUUAUAAGUGGGAUGCGAAAAUCUAGUAGAGUGCAUAUCUAUAUUCUAAGUGAACCUAAAAUCCUUGAGCAUUUAAAGCUGUAUAGGUCAAUGAAUUCUGUUAUAUUAACUCCCGAUGACAUUAAUAAAUCCUUAUUUUUACUGGUAAAAAUUAGAGCUGCAUCUGGAUCAGAUGAAAGCAAAGAUGAAAGAGAGUUGAUAAAUCUGCUUGAUGAAAAUGGUAUCAAACAUGAAUACUUUAACUAA